AUGAGUUUCCAGAACUGUACACUCCAGUGCGCGGAUCCUGGUAAUGGCGAGUCAUACUGGGUAUCAUUCGAAGAGAAGAGCUUCUCCAAGGGAGAUGAUUUCAAAGUGUACAGUGGCAGGAUGAACGGCAUCGGUCCGAAAUCGGGAGACAAAUGCGUUGUCAAGGUCUUCAGACGAGGCAAGGGGACGGAGAACAUGUGCCGCUGUGAGGUGAAGAAAUGCCAGCAAGCCAAGACAGUGGCAAAAGCAUUUAACAAUUUGAUGCAGGAGAAGAAAGUCAGAAUUAAGUUCACGACACUCUACUGGGCUCAAAUGGAUGAAGUUUCCAAGAUCAAACAGCUGUUUUUUAGCGGAGAGCGGAAGCUGAGCACCGAAGAAACUGUGCUGUUUGAGGAUGAUCUGCGUGUCAACGAGGAUAAACCAGGGAAACACAGAGAGCUGACCCUGUUCAUGGACUGCCAGGGAAAGAAGAAACAUUGCAUUGCUAAAGAUCUGGAAGCAUUUGCACAUUUCACAUACCACUUGUCCAACGGGCAGCAUGUGCUGUGUGGAUUGGAUGGUAUUCAAGAUGAAGAGGGAUUUUUCUUGAAGACGCCAGUAAUUCAUUCCAGAGGGCAGCAGUAUGGAAGUAGCGAUCGCGGUCUGCGGGGUAUUUUAGAGGUGUUUGGUAAUCAUGUGUGUAACGAUUUCUGUAAAGAUAUGAUGAAACCAAAGGAGGAUAUCAAUCAUUGUACAGAGAAGAUUAUUCAGAAUGGGGUAAAUGGAGAGUGCUGCACAACUCACCCUUCGAUUGUCCUAGAGCAAGAUUACGGAUGUCCUCAGAUUGUAAGUUUCUCUCAUCGCCGACCUCUAGAACGUCAGGAUUCUGUCAUUUCCAGAGGAUCAGUCCUCAGUGACUACCCAUUAACCAUGAUGAAACAGGGAUCCAACGCAUCAGAAGUCACUGAAAGUUUCUCGGGUUACCUAGAGCCCUCUGCACCAGUUGCAGAAUGCAGUGAAGUCAUGUUUGAGCCUACUCCACCACCCUAUUCUUCUGUCCAGGUUGCUAAUUGGCUUCUCCAUGAGUAUGCCCAAAACAGUUUCAUCAAUUGCACCCCAUUCGAACCAUUGCCUCCUGCAAGGACAAGCUUUGAAAGUGGGUUGGGAGCCAGUAUAGUGACACCGAGUGAAAGAUCCAGCCUUAGAGGCAUCAGCAUGGACUUGAAUGCCAAUUUCCCAGAAGAAGAUGCAGAUACUUCCGGUGUGUCUACAAGCGGUUGUUUUGAGGACUGCGAUGGAAGAGCUGCGAGUGUUCAGUGUGACAAAAAACGGGUACGCUUCAGUCUUUCUGGUGAAGGUAAUACUUCCACAGCUCCAUCAGACAGUGCCAUCUCUGUCGAUAGCGAAAGUCCCACAGGAUAUUCAGCAAUGACCAGUGGAGUUAGCAGUGAAAGGGUCCCAUUGCAUCGUUUUGUGAGAUAUCCUUCUGAUCGUUCUUUCAGCCAUACUGAUUCUCAAGAUUUCUCUGAUUCGUUCCAGCUAUUCAAUGCUGAUUGGGCCACACCAAUUUGUGGGACUGUUGAUGCAACUGCCAAUCAUAACCCCAGACACCACCAGUACCUUCCAGAAAGUCCUCCAUCGUAUAUUGACUCAGAAAUGGCCACUGCCUGGUGGAUUAUGCGGAGGGAAUGUAUCUCAGAGAAUCUGACAGUGAACACAUUCACCCACACAGACAAUGGGCAUGCAAGCAUGGCUGUGACCAACGGUGUUCACAAUGCCAUGGUUUCUAGUGUUGAAACGAUAACCUCUGCACAAAAGAAGAGUCAGCCUCAACAAGUUUCAGAACCCAAGUCUUCCUAG